UCUGCACUGACAAGCACAAGUGCUGUCUGCGAUCUAAACAAGAGCUGGUCUCGUGUACGUAAACACGCAAUGAAAACAGCUAGUGCAGUGUUUAAUGGGAUUCUCCUGCUGCUGGUGGCUUUGGGAGUUCGAGAUAUAUUUUUUAUGAAUGAAACAAACAGGUGUAGCAUGACCUAUAUGUUUGAAUACCCGGAGUAUCAGAAAAUACCGCUUCCUAAGAAAGUAUCCAGACUUUAUCCAGCAUAUGAACUGUAUCUGUACGGUGAAGGCAUUUAUGCUGCAAGAAACAAAAAUAUGACAUUCAGUGGAAUUCCAGUUUUGUUCAUUCCAGGAAACGCUGGGAGUUACAAGCAAGCGCGUUCCAUUGGAUCAAUUGCACUUCGAAAAGCUGAAAACAUUGAUAACAAAUAUCACUUUGACAUCUUCACUGUUAAUUUGAAUGAAGAGCUUGUUGCACUUUAUGGAGGCAGUUUACAAAGACAGACAGAGUUUGUGCACAUUUGUAUUAAAACAAUACUGCGUCUGUACAAGGGUCAAGAAUUCCCUUCUCAGAGUGUUGUGAUUAUUGGCCACUCCAUGGGUGGCCUGGUUGCAAGAGCAUUGCUUACUUUAAAGACUUUUAAGCCUGAACUACUUAACCUCAUUAUAACACAAGCCACACCUCAUAUUGCACCAGUGUUGCCUGUAGAUAGUUACCUCAUUGAUUUUUAUACCUUGGUGAACAACUAUUGGACUUUGAAUGUACAUAAACUCCAAAAUCUAACCAUGCUUUCAGUAGCUGGAGGUUACAGGGAUUUCCAAGUCCGUUCAGGAUUGACUUUUCUACCAGAUUCAAAUCUCCAUAAGAGUGCCUUAUCUGUCGUGAGUUCUGCAGUUCCAAGGACUUGGGCUUCGACAGACCACCUCUCUAUAGUUUGGUGUAAGGAGUUGAUUCUGGCUACAACAAGGGCACUGUUUGACAUGAUUGAUGCUAAUACCAAACAGAUUACAGUAGAUCCAAAGAACAGAGAAGCUGUUUUAAAUUAUCACUUUGUGAAACAUCCAGCAAAAUGGUUUGAGCUCAGCUAUGAGACUGCAGUGACUGCAUCAGAGUUCGCGAUGUGGAUUCCUGUAGGAACCUCAAAAUGGAAUUAUACAGUUGCUAACGAGUCGUCUGAAACAUUUUUUACCUUUCCUCUAUCGGAGAACAGAAAACUGUAUACCCAUUUGCACUGUAAAAACACAUUUAUGUACACUCACAGCUGGAUAUUCGGAUGUGAUGACACAGUGUCACCAAAAUGUUUGCAGUUAAAUGAUUUGUCAUGGAAAUCUGAGUUGCUACCAGUGGCAAAGAUUGUGACCUUAAACCUUAAGGAAUAUCAGAAUUUAUCACACAUUGUUCUCCACCUACCUGCGACUAAUGGGAGCACGUUUACAAUGGAAUGUGAAUUUUUCCUUAAUAAUCUCAGGACUAUUCAAGUACCAGUUCCACAUGUUCUUUCAUUUGGGUUAUCAUCAAGUCGUUUUAAGCUAAAUUCAAAUGGGUUAUAUUAUAUUGUACAGCUUCAGGAAUUUGGCAAGAUUUACCAGGGAUUUCAUAUUGACAUUGAGAAGAAAUGUACAGAACCUGGAGAAACAAAGUCUAGUAUUUACAGAUUUCAAGUGCCCUGGUCUCAUGAGGAUCUCAUUAGGACAUCAAGUGAUGACUUUCCUAUAAGCAUAUCCGCUAAGCUUCAUGCGCCGCAGCCAGAAAAUGACAGCAGCAUGGUAACGUUGUUGUUCUACACAUCUGCAGACUGCAGUCAUGAGGUAGCAAUUUAUACUUCAUUUACACAAGUACUUGGACAGAUUUUACGAUUCCACGCUGCUUCUCUUCCCGUACAUAUACUUUCUAAUAUACUUCUUGCUUACGGAGCUCAGUUGGGAUUUUUGCUCAACAAAGGACACUGUAUAGAAUUUGAAUCAACAAUUGAUGCAGCAGCCAAACCUUAUAAAGUUGAUCCUAUUAUAAAUAUAUGCAGAUUUCUAUUAGGCUAUACCUGGUUUAGAAGUGCAUGGGAUGGAUUGCUGCUGCCGGAACUGGAUGCUGUACAAUUGCAUUCUAUGGGACUUCUGUUUCCUUUGAUAUCCGUAUUGCUCUUCUUGUUUGGAACAUGCAUAGCCUACUGGACCGGUGUAUUCUUUAGGUCUACACUUAAACCUUUAUCAUUAUUAUGGAUAGCCUUGAAAAGAUCCACAGAAUUUUCAGAAGAAAACAGAGUGAUUACACAAAGACAGUUCAUGAAAGCGCUAUUCCUAGCUGUGGUUUCUUGGUACACCUGUGGGGCCUUUGCUCUCUUAAUUGUUUUUUUCCGCUACUUCCUUAAGGUCAUUAAAUUGUAUUCUAUGCUGAGGAAAUACACAUGUUACGUUGAAAAAGUUUCAAAGCCACCUACUGAUACUAAAGAAGAAAAUGCUCCUAUUAAAGAGAACAUUACUAAUACACUGGAUACUUCAGACCAAGAUACACAACAGACUUCAAGUAUAUGUGAUCAGCCUUCCAAUUCAAAUAUUGACCGUGUUUCAGACACCCUGAAGAUGCACAUUACAAUCAUGAACUUACUGUUAUGGGUUACACUGCUCUGUUUGCCUUCCUUUAUUUACUGGUUAAAGAAUCUCAGGUGCAACCUUCGACUUGACCCUGACCCCAGUAGAUAUGUUGCUUUAAUUCUCAUUUUUAUCCUGGAAAUUUUGAUGCAUUCAAGUGCCCAUUCAAUUAAAUCCAGUAAAUGGUUGAAGACAGCAGCUCAACUCCAGCUUCCUGUUUCCAUUCUCGUUGUGGCCUUUGGAUCGUUGCAUUUAUACAGAGUACCUUAUUUCAUCACAUUCUCUCUUUGUAUACAUGUAUUGUGUUGCUUUACAUAAUUGUAGAUUACAUGUAUCAGAUUUUGUACUUAUGCAGCAGUGAUUGUGACACUGCAACAAUAUAUUAACAGUAAUAGCAAAUAUUUUAUAAAUAAAAAUAACAUACAUUUGUAA